AGAAACUGAAACUGAAAGCAAACUCCUCAACUAUCGGUGGGAACAAUUUAUUUGUAACCAUAUACAACAAUUAGUGGUGGAAACUGGUGGUUGAUUUUGCACCGCAAAUUAAGAUGUGGUUAAUGCAUCUCAGCAACGAACGGAUCUGAUGUAAUUUACAAGUAGAAUGGAAGUGAUGGUGUGUGUUUGUUUUCUUGUUCUUCCUCCGUCCAAUCCAACGGACCCCUCUCCCGAAGAAGAAGAAGAAGAAGAACAACAACAACAACAACAAGAAUUAGGGUUUGUUACAAUAUAAUGCAACUGCAAAAUUGGGACAGAAAAGGCGAUUACGAAGGCACGAUGGUUUGGAACUGUGGUGGAGAGUAAUUGAAAAGGCGAUUAAAGAGGAAGAGAAGGAUGAUGGUUUUGGCUGGGGAAGAAUGGGAAGGGUAAAGCUGAAGAUCAAGAGAUUGGAGAACACCAACGGCCGCCAAGCAACGUAUGCCAAAAGAAAGAACGGCAUCAUGAAGAAGGCUACCGAGUUAUCAAUCUUAUGUGAUAUUGACAUUAUUCUUCUCAUGUUUUCGCCAACUGGGAAGCCCGCCCUUUCUUCUGGAAAACGCAGCAUUGAAGAGGUAAUCGCGAAGUUUGCGCAACAAACUCCCCAGGAAAGGGCGAAAAGGAAAUUGGAAAGCCUUGAAGCGUUACGGAAAACGUUCAAGAAAUUGGACCACGACGUUAACAUACAAGAUUUUCUUGGGGCAAGCAGCCAAACGAUUGAGGAUUUGGCUGGCCAAGUGAAGUUAUUACGGACCCAACUUUCGGAUGUACAUCAGAGAUUAAGCUAUUGGGCCAAUCCUGAUAAAAUAAACAACGUGGAUCAUUUGACCCAACUGGAGGAUUCCUUGAGAGAAUCGCUUAAUCAAAUUCGAGCGCACAAGGAAAAUCAGCAGAAGCAUCCUCCAGUACCCUUAGAGUUCACUAAUCAGAUGCAGGAUGGACUGCAUCUACCUUUCAAUAUGAGUGUUGAGCAACAACUUCAACAACUCCAACACUUCUCUUGGAUUCCCAGUGAUAGUCAAAACAUGGUUUUACACGACGAUCCAAACUUUGUUCCUCAUAGGGAUGUGGAGUGCUCAGCAAGUUCAUCCUUUGCUAGUUACCCUGGGUAUUUCGGCACGGGUAGAAGUCCAGAGAUCUCAAAUUCUGGACAAGAAAAUGCCGUCCUCCCUGAACUAAGCAGAACAGAACCUCUAAGGCCCCAGCUAGGAGGACAAAAUUCCUACAUGUCUUAUAAUGUCAAUUUUUUUAAUGACCCGAGAUUUCAACCAGCAGCAGAGAUGAACCUGCCAGUAAAUCCAGUAGAUUAUCACGUUAAUGGGAAUUACGACCCCACCCAACAUAACUACUGGGCUUCAUCUUCUGGUCCUUGUGCUGUUUCAUUGUUAGACGAUCGCUUAUAUCCUUAAUUAUAGCAAUGCUGGAAAAGUUGAUCGUGACAGCUCGAGGAUGAUUUCGAUCUACAUUCAUCUUUACUGAGCAACUAUAGCCUUCAGAAAGAAGUCGAUAGCCUAAUGUACACACAAUUUCAGAACUACCCUCUCGAGGUUGUGACCAGGCAAAAGAGGCUCAGUGCUUACUCUCCAUGAAAUUAGGUUUCAAGGAGUUGUUUUUUGCUUUAUCUCUGUCUGUCUUUUUGGCAGCUAAGGUACUGCCCUUUCAUUUUCUCCGGCUUACAUGGAGCUGUAAAUAAACAUAGCAACAUAGCAGUUCAAAGACAAAUACAAGUUAUAGUUAACUUUCUGUUUCAGUUCAGUUGGCCAAAAUAAAUCCAGCAUGUUUCUCUACUUGUCCAUUCGAUACAAUGUCGAAGGUCAAGAAUAAAGGCAAGUCGUUUCAUGA